AUGGAAAACUUUCUCUCUAUCCUAGAUGAUUACCCAGAAGUGUCGCAUCUAAGCCCAACAUUCUCUUGGGCCACGUCUCCAGUCGUCGACCAAUCGAUUGACCCCGACAUUACACCAGCAGAUAACAUCGACGACAAUCAAGUACCUGUCACCCCAUACACGGAGACACAGAAGGAUGCUUCCAGGUCGCUGCCUGUAAAGACCUGUCUGGCAUGUCGACGCAAACACCUGAAAUGUAAUGGAUCGAAUCCGUGUGCUCGAUGCAUCACUUCUCAAGUAGAAUGCGUUUUCAUUCCAUCGCAGCGAGGAUACAACCGUCUUCGACGAGCCACGAUUAAAGGCAAGGAAAGGUUGCCACUGGUAGGCACAUCACGGCUGCAGUAUCAGCCUCCGUCGCCAGGACCUUCAGUGGAUGCAGCUCGCGGCAAUGCACCAAACCACAAUCAAGCCUCUGAUUACAGAGCUGAAUCACAUUCAUUGUCGGCCGGUUCCCGGCUGAAAAGGUUGACAAUUAUGAAUGAUUCGGACCGACUCUUGACUUCAUUUUAUUACCAUGCAUUUGCAUCCAACCCGUUUGUCCUUCCACGCUGCCAUCUCUCUCAAAUUGACGAUGCAAAGAGCUUGCAUAUCCUGGUUGCGGCCAUGAGGUGGGUGGGCUCUCUGUACAUCAACGCCACGGUCCAAACCGAUUUGUACAACGCCGCACAUUCCUCUAUAUAUGAUGACCAGGCGCCGCGUAAUGGUUUUCUUGUUCAGGCCAUGAUGCUGCUAUUGGUGGCUCUAGACGGCAGUUGCCAGCGGCGCGAAAGCCUCAGAAUAUUGAGUGAUGUGGAGCUGCUUGCACUAGAAAUUGGUUUAAACAAACGCAACUUCGCAGCCCUUCACGGGCGAGACUCUCCUGUCCUUGAAGAGUCUUGGCGACGAACAUGGUGGUACCUCUACAUUAUGGAUGGCAUGAUUGCAGGCAUACAUCGCGAAUCCAGCUUUGCACUAUUCGACGUCUCGGCUGAUGUGUUGCUUCCUUGUGAGGAACAUCAAUAUCUCUUGGGGGAAAUUCCAAAGCCGCUGUCUCUCCCGGAUCUCCAGGAUAGAAACUUCCACCAAGACGAACACCAAUUCUCGUCUUUUGCUCAACUAAUCAUAUGUGGUCAAAAUCUCGGUAAAUUCUUGCGAUUACCACCUAUAUGUAACCCUGAAGACCCUAAUGUCAAAGAACUGGAAUUGCUUCUUACGAGUUGGAGGUUGCAUCUACCUCACUUCAAACGCCACAUGUUACAGCAAGACAGUGAGCCGGACGAGAUGAUGUUUCAGGCAUAUAUGAUAACAUAUGCCAUCCUCAUACUCCUAUACCAGCCAUAUUGUCGAUUCGAUAUCAAACCAGCCCAGGCAAUCGAUACCUGCGCGCCGGUUCAAACCACCUUAGGCAACGACUACGUCGAUUAUUACACGACAGAGACCGUUUCAUCGGCCACCGCCAUCAGUGCCAUGAUUACACAAAAGUCACUGCUCUCGCACACACAUUUCUUUACAUGUGCCCUCACACUGUCGUCUAUUGUUCACCUCAGCCACUGGGCACUGCUGUCGCCAGAUGCUCGUGAUUCUGCGUCGCGAGAAAGCAUUCGCUUGAACUUGGGCGCUUUAAAACUCCGCGCCAGGGUUUGGCCUGCUGCUGCCGAAGCGCAAGCACAGGUCGCUGCCGUAGCCAAGACGAUCUAUCGAAUAAAGAAAACAGAAUCCGCCGAAUCCAAUCUUUUAGAUCUUCUAAUAAACAACCAAAGUACGUAA